CCACCUGUGUCACCAACCACGUAUUUAACUGGUUGACUUUCCCCAAAGGCCGAUUCUGCCCACCCUUUGAUAAUGUUUGGAGCUCUUCUUGGGGAGGUGCAGUGUGUGGGUGGGAAGGGUGUUGUCUGCUGGCCUUCCAUCCAUCUCUCAGGAAGGCAAUUAAGCUUCCUGCUCUUUGUCUUCAGUUCCAGCGCCUUUUUUGCUAAGUAUUCUGCAACCUUCUGGAAUGCAGUUGCCAAGAGCAAGUCAAAGACAAUUCUGGUGAAAAUGGUGAGCCAAGCUGGAACAGGUUUUUCCUUCAACACUAAGAGAAGCCGACUAUGGGAGAAACUGACUCUACUGCAUUAUGAUCCAUGAAAAAAAAAGUCCUCUUUGUGGAACAGAAAAAAAUACGCUCCCUCUAAACAAUGGAUUGAAAAUGAAUUUGAUUUAUAAAUGAGAAGAUCGAGGGUGGGAUACUGAUUCAGAAAUUCUGCAGCGUGUAAUAAAAGAAGAGGAAAUGGCAUGGAAUUACUGCCUCCUGUGAUUUGAAGGCCAUUGUGAAGGAAAACAAUGCAGUGAAAACAAGUUCUUCAUAUUAGGACAUAUACCAUUGCAUCACAUUUAUUUAUCUUUCUGGAUAUUUUUAUAGCCCUUAAUAAAAUAUAUUAAAAUA